CCGGGCGCCCCUCGGCCGGGGCUGCCCGGCCCCGACCCCCGCCCCUCCCGCCGGCCGAUGCUGGCGCAGCCCUAGCGACCCCCUCCCGCCCCCCGAUCUGUCAGCCCCCCGCGGGGCCGUCACCGCCCGGGGGCCGGGCAGGGGUGGGCUGGGGGCGCGGGGCUGACCGCCCUCCGCCCCGCCGCCAGCCCCCGGGCUCGGGCUCCCGCCGCUGCCCCCGCCUCCCCCCCCAUCCCCCCCGCCCUCCUCCAUGCGGCAGUGAGGACCGACCCAUCCGGAGGGCCAGGACCGGCAGCCAGCGAUGGGCGACACGGCUCCCCCCCAGGCCGCGGGGCUGGGGGCCGGGCUGCUGGGGGGGGGCCCGGCGGCGCCCCGGGUGCACAGCGCCAUCGUGGAGCGGCUGCGGGCCCGCAUCGCCGUCUGCCGCCAGCACCACCUCAGCUGCGAGGGGCGCUACGAGCGGGGCCGCGCCGAGAGCUCGGACCGCGAGCGGGAGAGCACCUUGCAGCUCCUCCACCUCGUGCAGCAGGGGCAGGGCGCCCGCAAGGCCGGCAAGCACCCCAAGGCGGCCGCCGCCCCCGCCGCCGCCGCUGCCGCCGGCGCGGCGCCCCCGGACUACCACCAGCACCUCCUCGGCAACGGCGGCAUCAACGGGGAGCAGCCGGCGGGGGAGCAGCGCGCCUCGGCGCUCCUGGCGCUUCAAGGCUCCUUGAAGAGAAAGUUGGUGGUAAAUCUGUCACCUGUCAACAAAAGACCCAAUGGUGUUUCAGAGAGCUCUUUCCUUGACAUUAAGAGGAUAAGAGUGGGUGACAAUAUCCCAGUGGGACAAGGUGGACAACAUGUUAACAAUUGCCAAAGCCAGUCAAUGUCAGGAACUAUGACUGUGGGGCAAGGAACACAAAGAAAGGCCAGCAGCCUAGCAAACAAUACCCAUGCUAGUGGGAAUGACAUGUUCAAUAUGACUUUGAAAGAGGUAAAGAAAGAACCAGGAGAAACCAUGUCCUGCAGCAAACACUUAGAUGGCCAGACAUCCCAUGAGAACAUGUUUCCUAACAGAUAUGGGGAAGACUCGUGGGACCAAAUGAUGGAUCUUGAGCUUCAGGAAUUGUUUAAUGAACUGACUAACAUAUCGGUGCCACCAAUGAGUGAUGUUGAGCUAGAGAAUAUGAUAAAUGCCACGAUAAAACAAGAUGAGCCAUUCAACAUUGACCUUGGGCAGCAGAACCAGAGGGGCCCUGUGAGAUCUCUGCAGAUGGAUAAGAUGGUGAUAAAAAGUGAGUAUGCAGCAGGCAUGAAUCAGGCUCCUGUGGGCUCCCCACAGAUGAGGCCUUCUUCUACAGGUCCAGCCUUCACCAUGGCUUCCACUGCCAUGUCUGCCUCUUCACCCAUCCCCUCGGUGCCUCAAACACAGGUGUCGCAGGUUUCUUCUGCGUCCACUCGGCCAUUGCCUAACUGGCCAGAUGUGUCUCAUGCACAGCAGCUCAAACAGAUCGCAGCCAAUCGGCAGCAGCAUGCCUUGAUUCAGCAGCAACAGCAGCAGCAGAACCAGACAGCCAACUGGUCCACUCUGUCUCCAUCAGGACCUUCCCCUGGACCCUUCGUGCAAGAGAAAAUCCCCAGUCCCUCUUUUCGCCAGCAGCAGUUCAGCCCACAGAGCUCAGCAAUGCUUGGGGUGCCAGUGAAUGGAAACCAGACAAAAGGGAUGAACAACUAUGUUUAUAAACCAACCACUCCCCAGAGCAAUCCCAUGGACAUAAUCAUGCAACAGAAGCCUCAGGACCUCAACAGAAACUUUAUCAACAGUGCUCAGCCACCUCUAGAGCAGCAUCAUGGCAACACAAAGCCUUUGUUUCACUUUAACUCAGAGCAAACAAACCAGCAGAUGCCUUCAGUUUUGGGUUCCCAAAACAAGCCUGCCCUUCUGCACUACACCCAGCAGGCACAGGGUUCAGCUCCCGUGCAGCAGCCACAGCAACAGCAGCAACAACAGCCGCAGCCACAAACUGCUCAGCCUCUCCCAAACCAGUCUCUCCAGAGGCCACCUAAUGUAACCCUAGCAAUGCAGCAAAAAAUGAUGCUUCAGAAAAUGCAGCAAAGCCAGCAAAUCUCAGGUUUGCAGUAUCCGGUCUCUCAGCAGCACAGACAGGAACAACACUCUGUGGUAGGCCAGGGAGCUGGCCCCACUCCAAGCUCCAGUUCUUGCUCAAAUCCAAACACUGGAAGUGGUUACAUGAACUCAUCCCAGCAAUCAUUGUUGAAUCAGCAGCUGAUGGAAAAGAAACAGGCUCUGCAACGGCAAAUGAUGGAGCAAAAACAACUCCUUCUACAGCAGCAGAUGUUGGCAGAAGCUGAGAAAAUAACUCCACAAGACCAGCUGAACAGACACUUGACAAGACCACCACCAGAUUAUAAAGACCAAAGAAGGAAUGUGGUCAACAUGCAACAAGCAAACCAAUAUCCUGGUGGUUCACCAGCUGUGAGCAUGAGCUCCAACAACAUGUCCUUAUCCAACCCAAUUUCAACUCACAGCAUCAUGCCCCAGAACUCCAGCCUCAUGUCCACCCCUGCUGGAACCCGAAUGCCUUCUGUUCCUGCUGCUCGGAGUAUGGGCUGCUACGGGAACCUUCCUUGCAACCAACCAAGCACAUACAAUGUGACUUCAGGAAUGAACCAAAUGCAGCCACACAGAAACCAAAAUCAAGUUCUGCCCAGUCAGAAUAACCCCAUGGUGUCCCGACAGCAAACCAUGACACAGGGGAACAACGGGGCAGCUUUUGGCACGGGGUCAGUGGUCAACUCUCAGCAAAUAAGGCCAAGCUUGACCCACGGAGCGACAGGUAUCCCUGCUCAACGGCCGGCCAAUGUGAUGAUCACGGCUACGGCCAAUGCCCAGAACUGGGCCCCACAAGAGGCUGCAGUGAAGCAGCAGGAUGCACUGAAACCUGCAGGGGUUCGUUUUCCCACCGGCACUGCAUAUCCUAACCAGUCUUUGCAGCGCAGCGUAGGCAACCAGCAUUUUCCUCAGCGUGCAUUGGCACCUCCUAACCAGUUAACGGCGGGAGUCCAAAUGCGGCCCCCUCUAAACCAAAUGCACCAGACUCUAAAUGGACAAUCUGCUGGCUCACUACGAGGGCUCAGCAUAAGACCCAAUCAGCUGAGAGGACAGACUGUGCCUACCUUGAAUCAGCCAGGAACAAGUAUGACACCACCGUCAUCUCUGCCAUCAACCGGUUUCACAACCACCAACCAAACCUCCCGGGCUUACCAAGGAAGUGACCAUGGCAGUGACCUAGCAUUUGACUUUCUGAACCAGCAAGGUGACAGUAUAGGACCUGCGCUCAACAGUGACUCAGAUUUUAUAGAUUCUUUACUGAAAACAGAACCUGGUAAUGAUGACUGGAUGAAAGACAUCAACCUCGAUGAAAUUUUAGGGAACCACUCGUAAGUGACAGUACCAACUGACAGUACCAAGAGGCAGCAAGGACAUUAGCUUUCUUUUUAGAUGCCAACAACCUGCUUCAUUAAUUUACACUCCAGUAACUGGGCUGUCCUUUAAAAUACAACAUAGAGCAACUGCCCUGUUUGAAGAGUAGCUCUAGGAACAAAACUGAAGUGACAGUGUAAGUGAUAUGCCUGCCUGCCACAAAGGAGUGAAAACAUGUGAAGGGUCUGUUCCCCAGACCUGUGCCCAGCCCAUUGCAAACUCAUUGGUUCUUCUCAGAGGGGCUCCAGGAAAAAAAUGUGUUCAGCUUCCCACACAUGGAAGCACCAGACAGUGGUAUGGGCUGUGGAACAUCAUUUCUCUGAGUGCAAGCAAGACCCCAAGUGGUCCACAGCUUUUCAGUCAUUGUGUUCACAGCCCAUUACUUCCUUGGGACUGCUCAGCCCUGACAGCAUCAAGCCCUGUGUAAAUGUCAUGGCAUUACAAAAACUGUUUACUUCUGCACAGUACAAACUUACACUUGCUUUCCCAAUGAUUUUGUUAUAAACCCUGUACCUUUUGUAGCACACAGCAGGGUAAGUGGUCUCAUCCAAGGGAAGAAGGAAACAGAUCAUCCAGCGUGUUACUCGGUGUGCUCUAGCAUUUGUGUUCUCCUGUUCAUCAGUGUUUGCAGGGAGGAUUAGAGGAUGCUUCUCUUUGCCAGCAGCACAGUCAUUCUGGGCAUUGAGGGAAACAUGAGAUUAACUACUUCCAAAGCUCAGGAUCCUCACUUUGCCACUUUGCCCUUCCCCAGGGACUCCAGUGACUUAAUAGAAAACUUGAGUGAGAAAGGUGCUCACGAUUUGUCCCUGACUACUCUCCCAGUCCAACUUAGAGGAGGGCAAAUACCUAAAAUGGCUCAGCUAAGCCACUGUCCUUGUUUUCAUUUCAAAUCAUGGCAAAUAUCAAUCAGGUAGUUCAGCCUGAUCUUCUGCUCUCAAACAGGUUUAGCCCAGAUGAAAUGCCAUCAUCUACCUGCCUGGGGGGAAGCUGCCAUUUUGAUUGCAUAGCAUUUUGGUUCCAUCCUGUUUUCUCCUUUGCCAUAUGGGGGGAGUUGAAAGAGUUCUGGUGAUGGCCCAGGUCCCCACAGCCUCUGUCUGGAGUACAAGAGGCUCUGCCCAUGAAACUAGCAUGCACAUCAAUUAUAACUCACAGCAGGAGGCUCCAUCAGCCACAUCUGUGCUUGUACAUGAAACGGUUUUGGGGAUUAUUUCUGGGCACUGGACUCAAUCAUCUGUUCUGGGUUUGGGGAUGGACCAGCUAAUAUUGCCCUAAGCAGUUUCUGUGCAUAGAAAGAAAAUAUACUGGGGCAAGGACCAUUCCCAUGAGCAGUUUGCAGCCACCUUGCCUUGAAGGCUAACAGAGCAGAGCAGUAAGGAUACAGGCUGCCCCAGACCUGCCAGGGAAUAGUCUUGACUAUAUUAAAUUAUUUGCUGUAGACUUGGUCAGUGAUGGCAUCAGAAGGAUAUGCUAUGUCACUAUAAAGCAGCUGCACAGCGAUUCAGACAGGAUUCAUGGAUGGGAACAGAUCUUGCAAUUCAAAUGAAAGUGCUCUUCUUUCAAAUGAUAUGGUGCAAUAUGUUUCACAGCCUCCUCUGAAUUAGCUAAAACUAGAUGUGGCAAAGGAAUACAAUGCCUACGUUCGCAUGCCUCAGUGCCAAGAGGCAUUGCUCAGCCCGUGCAAGUGCUUUAUUCAUCCUUGUUAGUGGCAGUGGGAUGAGGAGACUAUUUGACAAUAGCCUCUGCACUUAUCUGACCUACUUAUUGUGAGAGGUUUUAAUAAGGCUUUUCCAGUUAUUUCACCCUGUCAUUUCAAAUGGGCACAAUUUUCAGGAUGUUUCAAGAAGCAUCGUCACACAAAUGAGCACCAGCACCUCCACAAAAGGUGUAACAUGGGCAUUUAGUUAGAUAUGCCAGUUAAGGCUGUUCAUUCCCAGAGAAAUAAGAGGGACAAGAAAGCCUGCCUUCAGCCAGCCCAGCUAGUGAUCAAUGCACACCUUUGCAUUGUGUAACGUGGUGACUCAGCUGCCGAGAAAGCUCCCUCUUCUCCCCAUUUUGGUUGGGGUGCAUGUGGUUCAUUUGAUACAUCAGUACAAGUUUUUCCAAGUCUUUGGAGAGCUUUUCAGCUCAGGCCACUGGGGUCCCACUUAAGCUUGGAGAGAUGCAGAUGCAAUAUAACAAAUAUGUCCCCUAUAAAUUGUGCAAAACUAGACUGAAGUAGUAGCUGCACGAGUUUGAAGUGAAAGGAAGAUUGGCUUCUCUGCCUCACACACUGCCUGUCCAUGAGCAGGUCAGCAGUGACUGCCAGCACACUGGUAGGAACAGACAACUGCCAGGGAUGCCACUGAGGCCAAGGCUGAGCUAGUAUCACCAUGAGCAGUGGGCACGGUAGUCUGGUAACUUCAACUACCCUCACAUGCCAUUGGAAAAGCCACCACUGGUUUCUGUAUUAGGGCCAGACUGAUUUCAAGGUCCUCAAAUGACGUAAAAAAAAAUUGUUCAGCUGAGGAGCUGGUCCCAAGGAGUCAGGAGUUGGACUCAAUGAUUCUCAUGGGUCCCUUCCAACUCAGGAUAUUCUAUGAUUCCAUGGUUCUAUGAUAUCAUGCAGUGGUGGACUCAAUGCUGAGUGUUGUCCUGUUGGCCUCAGCCUGGAGUGCAAAAGACACUGGGCUGUGAGUGCCAUCCCUGGGAGCAAAAUUACAUCCUGUCUUAAGUAAAUUCAAAAAAGGUAGAGGCCGUUUCCAGUCCUGUGUAUAUAUGCCUGAUGCAUUUGAAAUGCAAGCUUGUGAAAGACUCUUGCAACCAAAACUUGAAUCCAGUAUAAUUUCUUCAGAACACUUGCAUCUGAAUGGAGCUAGUGUCUUUUUUUUUCCUUUCUUUGCAAUGGCUAAGUGCACUACCCUUAAAAUCUAUUUUUCAUCAUUGACUGGGCACUCUUCACAGUAUUGGGUUGUAAAUAUAAAGAAUUAUUUGUUUUGUAAACUUUUGUAAAAACAACAACAAAAAGUAAUAAUAUUUUGGUAGGAAUAAUAAAAAUCAUAUUAUUUGGGUUAUAUUUAUACAUAUGUGAAAUAAAUAUACUAUCAAAAAGUUGUAUUUUAUACAAAAAGUCAGCUGUUACCUUUUGUAUUCUAUAUACAAAGUUUUGUAUGAUAUGAUUGUUUAUUUUUAUCUGCAGAUUUCAACUUUGGGUUUUGGGGGAGGGCAGAACGGGAUCAUGUUUAAAUAGCUGGGUCUGACCCCAAGCUCACUGAAACCAAUGGAGUUUUUCCAUUGCCUUCACAGGGCUUUGAAUCAAGCCUUUAAAUCACCUUCAGAUAUGUUUCACAUCUGAAGCUCUCUGGAAACCUCAACAUGAAAACAUUCCAGGUUUCAAAUUUUUUCCCCAAGAAAGGCUUUUAUUAUUAUAAUUAUUGUUAUUAUUGUUAUUUCAGCUGUUGGGAGGCAGGUGGGACCUAUGUAACUGUCAUGUCCUUGUUGCAUGUAUGUCUGCUUUAUAUUUUCCCCAUAUUAUAAACCAGUGUUUCUCUAUACAGACUGAAAAGAAAAGUUGCUGUACAGAAAUGUUUGUGUUUAUGCAUUUUUACAUGUGGCUGUAUAUACCUCCUAGUACUAUGCAGUGACACUUAUUUGACUCCAUUUAUUUUUCACCUAAACAUGAAUAGUAUGUUUUUCAGUAGCUAUCAAAACUCUGCCAAGUAAAUCAAUCAAAAUUA